AUGGAAAACAUCUAUAUCCCACCAACCAUUAUUGAGAGCAUUCGUAAAGAAACCGACCUUCGGGAUUACCUAAACCGUGCAGUAGAGCAUGCGAAAACUAACGGAGCCACACCGCCUGCUUUCCGAACGAUUGGUGGCAUAUUGAAAUCCGCUAUCAGGGAUGAUUGUUCCAGGCACAUGUUAACCAAACAAGAUUUAAAGAAGGUAGAUCAUCAGCUCGAUCACGUUUUCGAGGUCCAGUAUUUUGUGGCUACAUUCCUGUAUGCAACUGCAAAGUACAUACUGGAGUCGGACCACACGUUCCAGCCAGACGUAUCGGACAUCUUGUUUGCGGUACUGCUUAUCAACUCCCGUCCCAAUCUACAACCAUUGCACAUCACUAAACACAAGUUCAAAACUGCCUUUUUCAGAGGCGCCCAGACGAAAAAAUUUGUAGGCUCCCAUUCCACAGUAAAAGCAAACCUUGACACCCUCAAAGAGUACUUGAUCAUACACGGGGCCAAGUACAACGAGUUCCUUUGCUCCAUAUUGGGCACCGUUGUCACUCCAAAGAAGUAUACCAACGCCAACUUCAAAAAUCUGUUUAUCGUUCAACUUUUAGUGUCUCCAUUCUGUCAGAAGUGGUUAUGGGAUGACAUUUUCGAGCAGGCAUUAACGGCGAAGAAACCUUUUUCGAGGAACAUGACUAUUAUGGAUUACGUUCCCCACCCAUGGCUGGACGACAAUGUGUUCUACGAUAGCAUCCAGAAGCACGUCCUUGCACAGCCCACCGAAAAGGAAAGUAUCCAGGCCGCUGAGGAGGUGGAGACGUACAACGCAAAAUAUAUAUAUGAAGAUAUUGGUGGCGAGGAGCUUGGGCAGAUGACAAAGGAGCAGUUAGCUGCGACAGGGAUGACGGCGGAAGAUGAUUGGAUGUAUUGA